UGUUUCUGAAGAGAGUAGAAGCAAAGCAUAUACUAUCUCUCUUUAUCUGCAACAAUAUAUAAGACAUCCUUUGUAAACAGAGUUUCAGAAUGAGAAUGUCUCACACCAACAACAUCUCAUCAACUCACCAAGUGGUUUCCAUUUCUGUAUUACAUUCAAUCUAACCCCAAUCCAAACAACACUGUACUAAGAAAUUCUUCUGGUUUACUACCUAGCAGGAAUCACAAUGUCAUCAUCCUCUUCAUCAAUGCCAAUGUAUCCCCAACAACAACAACCUCCUCCUUUUGAUGAAGUCACACAACAAUCCCACAAUGGUGCAUCACAUCAUGACUCCAUUGGUCCUGUAAUUGGAGUUCUUGUAGUGAUAAUUGUGUUGGGAAUAAUUGCUGUAAUGAUUGGAAGACUUUGCUCAGGAAGAAGAAUCAUGGGUCAUGGACAAUAUGAUAUUGAAAGCUGGGCAGAGAGAAAAUGUUCUACUUGUAUCGAUGGAAGAAUUAACCUUUCAAUACCUACGAGGGUCACUGAACCCAACACCUCACUUCCUGCAACGCCCAUCAAUACUACUCAUCAUCAAGCAGAGCAAUCUUCGUCUCAAAACUCACCACCUAACACUUGAUUUAGUUUCUUUCCAUGACCAGUAUAAUGUCCGACACUAAUAUAACAUUGAUCAGGAUUAGUGUCAAUAUUGUGUCUGGUGUCAGGGUAAUGUUCGGCUCCUAUGUUAUUAGUUUUAAAUUUUGUUGUAUUUAGUUUUCUAGUCCAAUUGAAUCAUCCUUAUGAUUAUGAUUAAAGUGAGUGUUUUGCUGCAGAGGAUAUUAGUAGUACAAUUAUUCUGAUAUACUGUAACUUUUAAGAAUGUGAUUGUUGCAGAAUGGCAAAAGAAAGAAACAAAAGAAAAUGAGAGUUAAUAAUAAAUUGGUAGUAAUAGUACUUGAAAGAGAGAGAAAAUAAAGCAUCUUGGAAGUUGGAACUUUGAAGUGUGCAAAUACUGUUUGAGGAAAAAAGAUGCGUGCUAAAGAAGGGAGGAGCCCACACCUCGUCUGUUGUCUUGUGUUCUGUCUAACAAAAUCUGCCAUACUCUCCAAUCACAAUAAUGUUAUGCAACAACUGGUCACUCAUUCAGUGCUUACUUUUUGUUGCUAUGUAAUAUUAGAUCUAAAACUCUAGUAAAAGUUAAUUACACUAUUUAAGUUACUUA